AUGCGCGCAUUCCGGAUACGCAAUCCGUCUACUACACAUAGCGCUGAGUGGAUACGACGUCAAAUCACAGAUCGUUACACUCGACAGGCGCAAGUGGACAACUAUCGCAGCAGAUCGGCAUAUAAGCUACAGGAGCUGGAUGAUCGUUUUUUACUAUUUCGCAAGAACCAGGUCGUAGUAGAACUAGGAAGUUACCCUGGUGGUUGGGCUCAAGUAUGUCUGGAACGAACACUAUCCGGAGCAUCAUCAUCACUCGUGAUUGGUAUAGAUCGCCUUCAGAUGGACCCUAUGGCCAACUAUACAUUUAUUAAAGGUGAUAUAAAUGAUGAGACUACCCAUGCCCAUUUGUUUUCUGCUCUCAAUGGUGCGAAAGCUGACGUUGUCCUGAGCGAUUUAGCUCCUGCGUGUACAGGAGUAAAACAAGACGACCACCUGAACUCUACCGAGCUUUGUAUGCAGGCAUCAGCGCUGAUGGAACGUGUCAUUGCCGUUGGAGGAUCUUUUGUUGUAAAGAUUUUUAUGGGUGGUCAGUUGUCGAACUAUCGAACAUAUCUCCAAAGUCAGUUCCGUGCCGUACAUUCAGCUAAGCCAAAAGCAUGCCGAUCAGAAUCUAAAGAGAUGUAUUUUGUUUGCAAAGGGUUUUUAGGCGCUCGCGAUCUCGCUGGUGAUGUCCAAACUCGUGGAAGCUUCUAUCCAAAGGAGGGUCGCUUGUAG